AUGAAAUUCUCUUAUUUUUUAUUCACCUUAUUUUUUUUUCUUCUUUCAUUUAACAUAACUACCAUUGAAUGUUCUGAAGGCCAACUUACUAAUCAAAUUGGACAAAGUCUUACAAACCCACAUCCAAUUUUUAAAAGAUCAUUAAGAAAAUUUCGUAGAUCUUUUCGUAAAAGAAUAGGUAAAGCUACUCGUAAAGUUCUUCGUCAAAUUACAAUAAAUUAUUAUACUUCAAAUAAAAAAAUAAAUUUUGAUUAUAAAAUUCUAUUUAAGAAAAUAUUUAACAAGCAAUUUUUUAACUGUGAAAUGUUAGCUAUCUAA